AUGGAGACCCAAAAGGAUGAAGCUGCUCAGGACAAGGGAGUGGCAGCUUUAGGGAACACCCAGGCACAAGGAGCAGCGAAAGGAGCCAAGAAAAAGGCAGCAGAGGCAAAGGAAGGGCUGGUGUCAGAGGUACCCUCAUCUGGCCCAGGUAGGCUGAAGAAAACUGCUAUGAAACUCUUUGGUGGCAGAAAGGGCAUCUGUACCCUUCCUAGUAUUUUUUGGGGGGGACGAAGCAAAGGUUUUGGGAAAGGCAGCUCCAGGAAGGGUCUCAGCAAGAGUAAAACCCAUGAUGGAUUGAAUGAGGCAGUCUGUGGCCCUGAAGAUGUUGCCAGUGAGGGAACUAACUUCACUCCAUCUUCGUCUGAAUCACCCUACAAAUUUCCCAGUUCUCAGAGUGCCCAUGAAGCUUUGGAGACAGGCUCCAGAUGCAAAAUGUCUGUACCUGGAGUCACAGAGAAGGCUGAGGCUGAGAAGGGUCCCUAUAUGCUCAAGCCAAAGAAAGGCCUGAAAGGCUUUUUCAGCAGUAUCCGCCAUCAUCGGAAGGGCAAGGUCACUGGGACUGAACAAAUUGAGCCAGGAGUCAAGGUGCCUGAAGAGGCCAGAGCCAGACCUCCUGAGCAUGUGAGCUCAGCCCCUCUGCUCCACUCUGAGGAGACCCUCCAAACCUCAAGGAAAGAAGAGUCUCAGGAUUCCUGUAAGUCAAAAGUUUCCCCAGCACCACAGCCUUCUCCAUCACUUGCUGAGAAGACAACCUGUAAACAUCCAGAAAAACCCAUGGAAGUCUGUGCUUCAGCACUACUGCAGCUCAAACCUAUCACUGAUAAUAAUGGUCCUGAGGAGCCCCAUGGUUCAGAAACAGGGGAUAAGGUGGUAUCAGGAGUGGUAAAUCUACCCAGUGUCCCUGUAGGAGAUCAGCUGAGCCUCUUGUUUGGAGAUGUCACAUCCUUGAAAAGCUUUGACUCACUGACAGGUUGUGGGGACAUCAUAGCUGAGCAAGACAUGGACAGCAUGACAGAUAGCAUGGCCUCUGGGGGCCAGAGGGCCAACCGAGAUGGGACCAAACGAAGUUCUUGCUUGGUGACUUACCAAGGAGGUGGGGAGGAGAUGGCCUUGCCAGAUGAUGAUGAGGAAGAGGAAGAAGAGGAUGAGGAGGUGGAAUUAGAAGAGGAAGUGAGAGAAGAUGAUGAUUUAGAAUACCUGUGGGCAAAUGCCGAGAUGUACUCAAGGCCCAACUUGAAUCUGGAUUACCAUCCCACCACAUCCCCAGGCCACCACAGCUACAUGCUCCUUGAUCCAGGUCGGUCUUAUCCAGGCCUAGCCUCUGGGGAUCUUUUGACUCCUCAGAGUGACCAGCAAGAGUCUGCCCCCAAUAGUGAUGAAGGUUAUUAUGACUCCACUACACCUGGAUUUGAAGAUGAUUCAGGUGAGAUCCUGGGGCUAGUCCACAGGGAUUACCUGCCCAGAGACAGUUACAGUGGAGAUGCCCUUUAUGAGUUCUAUGAAUUAGAUGACAGUCUUGAGAAUUCCCCACCUGAAGAUGACUUCCUUUAUGACAUCCAUGGUUGCAGCUCUGAAAUGUUUGACCCUUUCUUGGACUUCAAGCCCUUUUCUUCCUCCCGUCCACCUGGGGCAAUGGAGACAGAGGAGGAACGACUAGUGACCAUUCAGAAGCAGUUGUUGUAUUGGGAGCUUCGGCGGGAGCAGCUUGAGGCCCAAGAGACACGAGAGACUCAUGUCAGGCAGGCCCAAACCAGGGAGGUCUUUGCCCGAGAGACUCAAACUUGGGAAGCUCAUGCCAGAGAGGUCCUAGCCCAAGAGGCCUAUGCCAGGGAGGCUCAUGCCCAAGAAGUCCAUGCCAGGGAGGCCUGUGACCAUGAAUCCCAUUCUCAAGAGAUCCAAGCCCAAGAGACCGAGGUUCGGCAGGAGAAGACCAUCAUGGAGUAUCAGAUGAGGCCCUUAGGCCCAUCAGUGAUGGGCCUAGUGGCAGGGGCAUCAGGGGACUCUCAGACUUCCCACCAUGGUGCCACUUCACUUUUCCCUGCUGUUACAAGCAGUGAGCCAGACUGGAGGGAUUUUCGUCCUUUGGAAAAGCGUUUUGAAGGAACUUGCUCCACAAAAGAUCAACGUACCUGUCUGAUGCAGCUCUUCCAGAGCAAUGCUAUGUUUGAGCCAGACAUGCAAGAAGCAAAUUUUGGAGGGUCCCCAAGGAGGGCCUAUCCGACUUAUUCACCCCCUGAGGAAACAGAGGAAGAGGAGGUUGAAAAGGAAGAGAAUGCCACUGUGAGUUUUUCCCAAGCCCUGGUAGAGUUCACUAGCAAUGGGAACCUCUUCUCUAGUAUGUCCUGCAGCUCUGAUUCUGACUCAUCCUUCACUCAAAACCUCCCCGAGCUUCCCCCGAUGGUGACCUUUGACAUUGCUGAUGUGGAACGGGAUGGGGAAGGUGAGUGUGAAGAGAAUCCCGAGUUCCAUAAUGAUGAAGACCUUGCAGCCUCCUUGGAAGCUUUCACAAUGGGCUACUACCACAAACCCACCUUCAACAACUAUCGCAGCCGAUUCUACCAAGGCCUGCCCUGGGGUGUGAGUAGCCUUCCUCGAUACUUGGGAUUGCCUGGGAUGCACCCUAGGCCUCCACCUGCUGCCAUGGCUCUCAACAGGAGGAGCCGCUCUCUUGAUACUGCAGAGAACCUAGAUCUAGAGCUUUCUAGUUCUCACUUGGCCCAGGGCUACAUGGAGUCUGAUGAGCUUCAGGCCCAGCAAGAAGGUUCAGAUGAAGAAGAGGAGGAGGAAGGAGAAUGCAGCCGAGACAGUCCCCUGUCCCUUUAUACUGAGCCCCCAGGAGCCUAUGACUGGCUUACCUGGGCCCCCUUUCCUCUCCCAGCAGGGCCAGGUCCUGCCUGGAUAAACCCCAGCCAGUUAGAUGGGCCUUCCAACCAGUCUCCAUAUGGGCAGGCAGCCUGUUGCGUACCUCCUGUUGCCAUGUCAAUGUCUCUUUCACUACCAGGGUCAGAGCCAAGGGCACCCCUUGAAUCUGGAGUUCAGCUAGCUCGGCCUUCACACCUACCCCUGCCUGUGGGCCCUUGCUAUAACUCCCAAUCACAGAUAUCUCAAAAUGUGAGGGUCAGGCCUCAAGAUGUGAUGCUGCCUAUGGAUGAGUCCAAUUGCUUCUCUAAUUCUGGAGGUUUCAGCUCCAAACCUUUGCCCCAAGCCAAGCCUGUGGGUGUUACUCAUGGCAUCCCUCAGCUGCCCAGGAUCCUGCCCGAGUCCCCAGAGCCACAGUCCAUUCACUAUGGGGCUUCCACUCUUGACCUAUCAAAGGAGAGGGCCAAGCAGGAUGCCUCCCUCUCCAUAGCAUACUCCUCCACUGUUGUGAAUGGAAACCUAGCUAAGUAA